CAAAUAUACGAUCUUCUACAAUACGCGAAGAUGCGUAUACACAUAGUUGUGUUUGAGUGAUAUCAGGUGACGUUGAACGGUGGUUGUACGCGUUGGGACGAUAUACGAUCCGCUGAGAAGGGAAACGGUGUAUAAAUCGUACUCGCGAGGAAGCUUUGCCGAGAAGCGAAUUAGGGAAACGACUGUCUCUGCCAGCGAGAGAAGUGAGGUCGACGUCGCGGUCGUCAUCGUCACCUCGGACCUCGGUUAAACGACGACGAAGCAGCAAGGAGUAUUGCUAAUUGCUAUCGUGCAUUACUGCACCAACAGCUGACCUCGAGCUGGCUGUAACGUGCCGCAAGCAUGGCAGACGCCGCCGUUAAUCUGAUAAUAAAAGCGCCGAAUCAACAAAUCAAGGACCAAGUGGUGAAGUGCGAUUUGGACUGGACUAUCGGUCGUCUGAAGGAAUACCUGUCGGAAGUCUAUCCUAGCAAACCAGAAAGCUCUCAUCAGAAGUUGAUUUACUCUGGUCAGCUGCUGAACGAUUCUGCGCAACUGAAGGAUAUCCUGAGGCAGCUCGAUGGUUUAGAGGAUCAGGCUUACACCGUUCACCUAGUUUGUACACCGCAGAAGGUGUGCCCCACCAAAAUUACGUCAGAUCAAAAUCGGACAUCUGAGAAGAACGCGGAUGCGGCAUCCGCCACGAGAAGUGCUCAAGUCAGGAGUAACAGUGCCCAGAAUCAAAGUCACGAGAGCGCUAACGCUGCAGCUCAGCCUGAGGCAUAUUGGCCUCAGCAGUACAUUGAUCCUCGCAAUAAUCAACAGUUGGCUUGGAUGCAACAGGCGUACACGCAUUAUUUUACCCAGUACAUGCAACUCAUGGCAGCGCAAGGCGUGCAAUUACAGGCCAGUGUUCCGUAUCUGCAGCAAAUGAAUAUUAACGCGAGCGAUACCGCGCAGAAUACGUACGCGAACAAUAAUAAUAAUAACAAUAACAAUAUCGGCGACGAGCAAGCGCAACCUGCCGCGCAGGACGCGGCGGAUAUCAACGCCGGAAAUAACGGCGUGGGCGAGGAUGUCGCGUUCAAUCGCGACUGGUUGGACUUCUUCUACAUGCUGUCGAGGAUCGUUGUUCUGUUCGGUAUAGUGUACUUCUACUCGUCCCCUCUCAGGUUCCUCAUCGUCACGUUUCUGGGAUUCGCGAUUUAUCUGUAUCAGGGCGGUUUCUUCAGGGUACAGCCGAUCCUGCUGGCCGAGAACAACAACGGCCGCGUGGAAAAUAAUAAUCAGGUGUUGCAGAAUGAAGCGGCGGGUCCUCAGGCCGCGCCCCAGCAACCGAAUGCUCAAGUGCCAACUGUUCAGCCGGAAGCACGGACGAAUGCCAACGAGGAGAACGAGGAGCAGCGGCCGGGCGCCCUAGCCUUCACUUGGACCUUCUUCAGUUCGUUUUUUGCCUCACUUAUUCCAGAUCAACCAAAUGUCAUUUAAUCCUCGCAUAUUCAAUUGUAAAGUCAACUUUCUUCUUCUCUACACUUGAAACGUGACGUAAAGACUGGCAGGAAAGGAGAGCGGGGGGGGGGGAGGGGGCAGCCUCGCUGCAAUAGGAAAUUCUGGAAACGCUAGGUGAUUUCUACACAGACUCAGAAGUGCUUAAAACCGCGACCGAUUUACUACGCGCGCGCGUAUUUCUAUGAAAGUCUGAUAAGUUUUACGUACCCGAGGGAUAAUUUUAUAUUCUAAAUCUAAUACACACACACCGACGUAUAUACGUAUAUACAUAAAUGUUACUAUAUGUGUUGAUGUAUUCUUAAGGUGGGAGAGGAGAAUCCAAUUUCCAGUGUCAUAUAAUUAUUUAACACGAUUCAACUCGAUGAGGGAGACUCGGGGCGGGGGGGAAAAAAGUCGAAGUAACAGUCACGUUAUAUUUUUAUUAUUAUUAGUAGGUAUUAAUACACUAACUUUCUUUCGAGUGAAGAUCGUUAGAGUCACUAUCCCAAAGCUACUAGAAUUAAAGGUGUAUAAAGAAAAUUUUUUAUGUUUGUAGUUAAUAUAUUGUGAAGAUACAACGAGAGAUAUAAAUGCCAUGUAUAUAUCUACAUAAGUGUAAGGAACACGAUGAUCUUGUAGAGCUUGUAUCAUAUAAGGCGAUGUAUUAAGGAAAUAACGUUUAAAUGCUUGAUAAUUUCUUUCUCGUAAUAAUAAAUAUUGUUAUAUAGCAAUAAUAUUAUAUAUCACGUCAGGAUAAUUUCUCUGUGAUGUUUAAUACAGUCGGAUAUACGAUCACAGCGUGAUAUCCUUGUGGAGGAAGCGGCUCGUCGCGCCGCGUUCAUACGUAUGAAUUAUUAUUGAUGAUAUAACACAAGAGGUAUCAUUAGCGGAACUGUGAAAUUUCUGUAAUUUUCCUAAAUAGUUGUACACGAAGAGCCGAAGGAAAUAAAAGUGUAUGUAAAGCAAAUAAAAGAAUUUUUGGAAUUUGUCG